AUAAAAAUAUAGAAUAAAAAAUCUGUGAAUUGGAUUAAGUGAUAUGAAUCAGUGAUUGGCGUGCUACGUGCAUUUCUAUGAAAUCCUGUUUGAAGAAAACAAAGUGAUUCAUCGAUGAACAAGACAAUAUCUUGAAACGUGGAAUUCUCUCGAGAGGUUUUUCAAAUCUUCACAAAUAGUGCAUCGAUAAAAGCAAAUUCACCGAUAAUUCUCUCUUGCCGUCGACGCACUGAAUUAUGAUUCAUCCCGACGUCGCGGAAGUGACGCGAAAUAUCCCUCUCGCGUGUUUAUGCAAAUCGUAGUGAUAAAAGCAACGCGAUGACAAAAAUCAGGUGCAACGAGACCAACGAGAAGACUAACGACAGGUGAUUAAACAGGUGAAUCCCGGGCCGAGAUUUCGCGAGGGAUCGCAGUCGCGUUUGCACGGAUGACAUUCGUUUAUUAAUAGUUCCACAAAUAAAAUUUCGCGACGACUCUACGCGAAUAGCACAGUAAUUUUGCGAACGGAUAAUAUGCAACGCUAUCACGAGCGAAAGUUCGGAGCGAUCGAAUGCGAAAUUCGCAAAAAUUUCAGUCUGCAGAUCACCAUCAGCGAAACUAUCGCGAUACAGGAUUCGGAUGGCAAAGCGGCUCGCGGUCCGUCGUAAAACAGCGAUACACCGAAAAAGCAUCUACGCUGAACUUUCUACGCGAAGACGAUAAAGCUGAUUCCGAUUCUCUCUACAAAACGCGAUAGAAGAUAAUUUACAAAGAGAAAUACAGAUCGAGGGAUCGACGUUAUGAUACCCGGAUUCCUUGGGGGAUCUUCUGGCUUUGAAAGACAACACAAGAGGCGAGUCAUCGAGUCGAUAUUUGACAACAAAGCUGUUAAAUUUGAGGAGCACGGAGAUAGGACCAAAAUUAAAACAAACUAGAGAAAAAAAUAAAGAGAGACGAAUGAAGACGCUUGCAAGAGUGAAAAUGGUAACGUAAAGGAUCAUCGGAAUCGAAGGGCAGUGCAAAACUGGGACGAAGUGAUAGAGGAUCGCGACACUGAACGAUGAAAAUGAACUCGACGACGACAAUCGCUUUCGAUUAUUACGAUGUUGACAAGUUCGCGCGGAACUUCAGCAACGACAGCAGCGGUGGGCCGUUGGAGUGCAAUCAGGAGAUUAAUACCAAUAGCCUCUCUAACUUCAUCGUUUACGGUAUAUUCAUCAAUCUGAUCGGUCUCUUCGGAAUCUUCGGCAAUGCAAUCUCAAUGAUUAUCCUGUCGCGGCCGCAAAUGAAGUCAUCCAUCAAUUAUCUACUGAUUGGACUGGCCAGGUGCGAUACGAUGCUGAUUAUCAUCGCGGUAUUGAUUUAUGGAUUGCCGGCGAUUAGCACGUACACUGGCCUACUAUUCGAUUAUAAAUUUAUUAUCUAUCCGAAGAUCAUCAGGUACCUGUAUCCGUUGGCUUGCAUAGCGCAAUUUGUGACGGUGUACUUGACGUUAACAGUGACUUUAGAAAGAUACAUCGCGGUCUGUCAUCCGCUGAAAGCCAGAUCCUUCUGCACUUAUGGACGGGCACAAGUGGCAGUGGUGGUCAUACUAAUCUUCGCCUUUAUUUACAAUCUACCCAAAUUCUGGGAAAUCACAGUGUACGACGAGAGGCAUUGGAAGUACAACAUCACGGUGUACUGCGUCUUCCCGACCGACCUAAGAAGCAAUGAGUAUUAUGUCACCUUGUACAUCCAUUGGAUGUAUUUCUUCAUCUACUACAUGUUUCCAUUUAUCGCGCUAGUGAUUUUUAACAUGGCCAUUUAUCAACGGGUCAGGAAAGCGAACAGAGACUUGCAACAACUAUCGCGUCAUCAACGUCGCGAAAUCGGCCUAGCGACGAUGCUCCUGUGCGUGGUGGUGGUGUUUCUGAUCUGCAACAUUUUACCCCUAGUUUCGAACGCGCACGAAACGUUCAUCGCGGAACCGCCGCCGUGGAUGGUGCAGUUUGGCAACUUGCUGGUGACCAUUAACAGCAGCAUCAACUUCAUCAUCUACGUGAUCUUCGGUCGGAAAUUCAAGAGGAUAUUCCUUAAACUCUUCUGCUCGUCUAGGCUGUUCGUACCUGGACGGGAUAGUCCGGAAUUUCAGACGUACGACGAAUCGAUUAUCACCAAUACGACAAACCUCGAGCUGAGAAACUCGGUCAGGCACGGUCAUCUCAAUCGCGCCAACACCAUUAGCUGGAACAACAACAUUCACGUAUCCAACGGCAGCACCAGACAGAGCCUGAAAAGUGGUAGACCGGCUAGUCCCGGUUCCUGCGUCUAUUAUCCGGCCAGGACACCAGCGAGGAGUCCCAGUCAAAUGUCGAGGGCGUCGGACGGUCGAAACAGUUGGAAUAGAAGGGAGAAUGGCGAUUCCACACUGUAGUAGACAUUAUUCCUCGCGUUUAUCUAUAAUUAAAUAUUUUAAUCAAAUUUUACAAACUUCCACUGGUCAGAAAUAGUAGGAAAGAAAAACAAAUGAUUCUAAUGAAUGACAAAUACAGAUCACAUUAAAAUUGGAGAGACAUAAAGAUGACUUUUCAUUAACUUUUAUAUUUGUUAUCUUGCUAAAAUGGAAUUUAGUUCAAUGUUUUAACUUAUUGAGGAUUAAUCAAAAUUAAUGAAACAAAAAAAUUAUAGUACAUCGCAUUUUUCGAUUUAUGAUUUGAUUAAUAAUUCAAUUAAAAUUCCUAUUAAAAUGUCAAAAAGGAUCACAGCGAUGUACGAAAUAAUCAGUUUGCCACUCUGUGCUAUUUAUUGUAUUAUACAGAGUAGGCUAUUUUAAUCUACGCACUGAAAUAUCUCAAAAUCCAUAAGUUUAAGACAAAAAUGUUUCAGACAAAAGUUGUAUGAUUUCGAGGGGGGGUACCAUAAGAGGGUACCAUUAGUUUAACCUUGAAGAAUCAGUUGAGAAUACCAUUAGUUUAACCUUGAAGAAUCAGUUGAAAGUCACGUGAGAAUCAUCUCCAACUUUUUACAUAAAACUGCCUACUUUUUCUUACAUAUUCUUGUAGCUUAUCUCGAAAGCUUUCUAAAACACUAUAAUUAAAUUAGUUUUCAUUAAGUACCUUACGAGUUCAUUAAGUACCUUACGAGUUAAUUUGCAAUUAACGAUUACAUAUUUUUUCUUAAAAACAACUGUGUUUUCUUUACAC